AUGCCACCAAACCAACAACAACCAACAGGUCCUUCGGUCUCCCCUCACUAUCAUCCUUCCUCCCCUCAAACGGCGACAGUAACAACAACAACAACUCCCCCACCGCGUCCUAACCGCAACCCGCAACCUCCCCUACAACCCAACCCUCCUCUUCAAACCUCAACGGUCACAGCUCGGGACCCGGCGACCAACGACCCAACACAAGCCUUCCUAACCGUCGGCUACGGCCCCCUCAGCGAGACCUUCACAUCGCGCGUGAUCUGUGACCGCGAGAAACUGACCGUCGAAGCGAAGAGUGGGUCGAAGUAUGGGACAGAGGGGGCUGACCCCCAGGCUGGAAAGGGUGCUUCGUCUUCGUCCGGGUUGAGCGGGUUCUUCCCCGGUGCUACGGAGGGUAUCUUUGAGUAUCUUUCUACGCGAUGGGAGCUUGUGCCUAUUACGCCUGUUGAGGCGAAGGGUCGGCCGUUGACCAAGGUUAAUCUUGAGGUGCGGUUUGAGUUCCGGAGCCAGAUGCAUGCUACCCUCAUGGGUGCUGUUGAGGGGCAGAUGGCCGGUGUUAUGAUUGAGGCUUUUGAGAAGCGGAUCCGUGAGGUUGAGGGGAAGGGAUUAUGA